UUGAAAAAAACUCAAAACCUUACGGAAGUAAACGAGUUCUCGCGCUCUCGCACUCUUACCGCUGACACCAUCAUUCUUUUAUCCUUCUUGAACCCUAAUUUCCCUUCUCCCUCGUCUGCGUCUUCAAAUCCAGAGUUUGGGGACACAGCAGCAGAUUCAAGAAAAGCUCUAGAUCAGUUAUCAUUUCUUGAUCUAUUCCUUCCUGGUAGCUGUUGUGACUGGGAACGGACAUAAUGAAAGGGUGAAAUCUUGUCCACAAUUGUUACCUCGAUUUGUAUGGUAAAGGCGACUGGUAUAUGGAUAAUUUACACCAGCAAACUGCAUGCACUGCUGGUGCAGAAGCAGUUCUAAGCCUUCAACCCAGCUCUUCAAUAUCUCUCACUUAUCAUUCUCUGUUUGGCCCCCACAAUGACCUUAUGCUUCUUGAACUCGACAACAGGCUCCUCCCUGAAAUCAUGAAUCAAAGAGUAACAUUAAGAGGACAGCCUGAUGAAGAUGCAGUUUUGUGUACUUCAUCAAAGACCUAUGCUGUUAAAUUUGUGGGUACAUCCAACUCCGUGCUUCUCAUACCUCCCUCAGAUGAUGUAUCUGGAUCAUGUAAUAACAAAGAUGGCGACAGCAUGGUGGUUGCAUCCGUCCUCAAAGUUGCGCCUGGUUGCAUGGAACUUGUUGAGGUCGCACCAAAAUUAGAUGAACUUAAAGUGCUCCUCUCUCAAAAUCCUUACAGUUUUAGUGAAGACUCAGAGAUGGACACAUCAGAGGGGAGGGAGAAGACAGGGUUGGGUCUAUACAGGUGGGAGGAUCUGGUUGAAAGGAUACAGGCAAGUGACGAGGAAUUAAAAAUGGGUCUACAAUCUCUUUCGGCGGUAGAAAUUGAUGGAUACUGGCGCAUUUUGGAUGACAGUUAUACGCACACGAUCCUGAGCAUGCUUUUGCACAAUGUGAUAUUGAAUGAUUGGUCUGUCAAUGCACUUAACGAGGAUGAAGUUCUGGGCGUGCUAGAAUCAGAUGGAUUCCCUAGAAAUAUUGCAGAGCAUUGCAUGCAAGCCUAUUGCAGUAAGGUGGAUGAUGGGGAUGUUUCUGUAAGCCGUUGGUGGAAAUUGGACGAGAGGCGUGUUUGUGUGUGCCUAGCAAGAGAAAUCCUGAAAGGAGGGAAGAUGAAACUCGAAAUCUUUAUGGAGCAGUGGACCCGUAAACUUCCUGAUGGGAUGUGUGCUAGCUUUGAGAUGUUGGAAGGCGAAGUUCUAACAGAAAAGCUAGGAAUUGAAACUUGGUUGUAUUCUUUCAGUGUAUCUUCUCUCCCUUCGACUCCUGCAGAGCGGUUUGCCAUACUAUUUCAGCAGCGGCUCAAGUGGGAGUGGAAGGAUUUGCAGCCAUAUGUCCGGGAUCUAAAAGUGCCAGGUCUUACAUCAGAAGCUUUACUCCUCAAAUAUACUAGAAGAACUCAGUCAACUGCCGAGGCAGAACCUGUCUUCAGUGCUAGAUGAUACAUCUUUUACGGCGUUUUGGUUCCUAUGUUCUUACGUCGAAGCUGGUGUUUAGGAUUAAGAAGACACUCUUUCACUUGGUAUGCUCUACCUCAACCAUAUAAUUUAGUAAAUUAUGUGGUGAAAUAUGAAUACUAUUUGCAUGGGUUUGACUUAGAGGUAAUGAUGUAAAAAAAUGGCCAAUUCUUUCUGCUAAAAAUGGAGGAGACACAUUCAGUUGUUAA